AUGGCGAUGUGGAUGGAAAUAACGGUUAGUAUGUCUAACUUGCAGUGUGUAUUGGCCUUAAUAACCGUUCUGCUAGUUGUAAUUCUUACACGAAUAAUGCGGACAACAAGCAUACGUGGAAUGCCUGGUCCAAUAGGCUGGCCCGUAGUUGGAUCUCUGUUUUCUCUUGGUGAUUUACCAUGCCUAACACUGACGAACAUGGCAAAACAAUAUGGUGACGUGUUUCAAAUUCAACUAGGCAAUACGAACGUGGUCAUACUUAAUGGUGCCGAAGCCAUACGCGAGGCUUUGUUCAAGAAAGCGGCUGUGUUUGCUGGAAGACCAAACUUCUAUACUAUGAUGAAAAACAAUGGGACAGGUUCUGACUUUGCGUACAGCAGUUACAGCGAAAUCUGGAAGAAGCAAAAAAGGAUGAUCGAGUCGUCGUUAAAAAUAUUCGUCGUAGACAGGCAACGAGAGCUUGAAGAUUUAGUUGUUAUGGAGACAACUAAAAUGAUAAGAAUAGUGACAGAAAAGAAUGGGAAAGCCGUUGACAUGCGCCAACAUAUCCACAACGCGGUUGCAAAAAUCUCGUGUUUGGUAUACUACAGCAAAAACUACGACUACGAUAACGAUGAUUUCACGAAUUUGAUCAGUUGCGAUGAAUAUUUCCACGACGCCAUUCGCAGCAUGGGUAACCCACAUGACUUUCUACCGGUGUUAAGAAUCCUACCAAGCCGUAUACAAAAUCGCUUCGACGAACUAGUUCUCUUCCAGAAAAGGUUUGUAUCUGACAUAAUGGCGGAACAUAAAGAAAUCGAGUCGGGCAUCCCGCGAGAUAUCAUGGACAACAUGCUCUUGAUAAGAAAUACAGGCGACCCGUCGGAUGCCAAGAAAGUGUGGAGUCACGAACACAUUUGUAAUAUAUUAUGCAAUAUGUUUGGAGCUGGAGUUUUUGGAAUAAGCCACGCAAUAUAUUUACUGAUAUUACACAUGAUAAUUUACCCAGAAGUCCAAAACAAAUUACUAUACGAUAUUGACGAUGUAGUCAGUAGAAAACGGCUGCCACAACUUUCGGAUCGCACGAAGUUGCCGUACAGCUAUGCCGUUGUCUAUGAAGUAAUGCGAGUCACUUCUGUCUCGUCGCCAGCAGUGCCGCAUUGCACUAUGGACAACACAAACAUAUUUGGUUAUGAUAUUCCUAAAGGCACGCCUCUUAUACCGAAUAUAUGGUCCGCUAACUACGACGAAGCAAUAUGGGACGAACCACACCAAUUUCGCCCUGAAAGGUUCCUUUCCGACGACGGCAGCUUAAAUAAAAAGACAGUUGCACAGAUGAUGGCGUUCGGCGUAGGAAAACGCCGAUGUCCGGGCGAACAGAUGGCGGUCACACUGACGCAUCUUAUCUUUGUGAUUUUAUUACACCAAUGUCGCUUUGACAAGAUUCAAGGAGAUAUCCCACAAGUCAAAUUCCGCGAUGGACUUCAGCUACGAGAAGAUCCAUUCAGGGUUAUUGUUACACAGCGAUAA